AUGGCUAUCAAGACGAAGAGUAGUCUAAUUCCGAGCUGUUCUUCGCCGGAGGAUCUGAAACGCGUUCUGCAGACGCUAGGCUCGAGCUGGGGAGACGUAGUCGAGGAUCUUGAGCGUCUUGAGGUUGUUCCGUUAAAAGGAGCCAUGACGAACGAGGUUUAUCAGAUCAAUUGGCCUACCUUAAACGGCGAAGAUGUCCACCGGAAAGUCCUUGUUCGGAUCUACGGAGACGGCGUUGACCUUUUCUUCAACAGGAACGACGAAAUCAAAACCUUCGAGUGUAUGUCUCACCAUGGUUAUGGACCUAAGCUCCUUGGCCGCUUCUCCGAUGGUCGCCUUGAAGAGUUCAUCCACGCCAGAACUCUUUCUGCAGGUGAUCUCCGUGUAGAAGAAACAUCUGAUUUCAUCGCUGCGAAGCUAAGAGAGUUUCACAAGCUUGAUAUGCCUGGUCCAAAGAACAUUCUACUCUGGGAAAGACUCAGGACUUGGCUUAAGGAGGCCAAGAACUUGUCUUCACCGAUUGAGAUUGAUAAGUUUCGUUUGGAAGCUAUGGGAGAUGAAAUCAACUUGCUGGAAGAGAGGUUGACUCGUGACGAUCAAGAGAUCGGUUUCUGUCACAACGAUCUUCAGUACGGUAACGUCAUGAUUGAUGAAGAAACCAACGCUAUUACCAUCAUAGACUAUGAGUAUUCGAGUUUCAACCCAAUUGCUUAUGACAUCGCGAACCACUUCUGUGAAAUGGCUGCUAAUUACCAUUCAGACACUCCUCAUGUCCUGGACUACACUCUAUAUCCAGGAGAAGAAGAACGGAGAAGGUUCAUUAGCACAUACCUUGGCUCUACAGGGAAUGCAACAAGUGAGGAAGAAGUGGAGAGGUUGAUGAGUGAUGCAGAGAACUACACUUUGGCAAAUCAUAUCUUUUGGGGCUUAUGGGGAAUCAUCUCGGGGCAUGUGAACAAGAUUGAGUUCGAUUACAUGGAAUAUGCAAGGCAGAGAUUUGAACAGUACUGGCUUAGAAAGCCCUUGCUUCUGGAUUCACCUUGA